CUCAUUAGUCUGGAGAAGAAGCUGAAGCUUCAUCGUUUAGUUUCAGUGGAUAUCAGACAUCAGAUCAUCGUCUCUGUGUCUCUGCAGGAAGUUGUUGUUUUUCGUUGUUUGUGUUUUCUUGUCUCCAGUCGUCCCCGUCUCGUCCUCUGACUGGUCUUCAGCACCAUGGACAGCUCCAUGGAAAGCCUGGACGCUGCAGGCUUCCUGCAGAUCUGGCAACGCUUUGAUGUCGACGAUAACGGUUACAUCGAAGGAAAGGAGCUGGACGCCCUCUUCCAGUUCAUGCUGGACACAUUUGGGAUGAAGAGGGAGGAGAUAAACGAGGAGAAAACCAGAAGACUGAGAGAAAGAUUAAUGUCUGCUUACGACACCACAGCUGACCGACGUCUGCAGAUACAAGAGCUGGCGACCAUCAUGCUGCCGGAGGACGAGAACUUCCUGCUUCUGUUCCGCAGAGAGACGCCGCUGGACAACAGCGUGGAGUUCAUGAGGAUCUGGAGAAGCUACGACACAGACAGCAGCGGAUACAUCUCAGCCAUCGAACUCAAGGGCUUCCUUCACGACCUUUUCCUCCAACACAGGAAGUCCAUCAGCCCCGAAAAACUGGAGGAGUACACGGACACCAUGAUGAAAAUGUUUGAUAAAAACCGUGACGGCAGACUGGACCUGAACGACCUGGCCAGAAUCUUGGCCCUGAAAGAAAACUUUCUCCUCAAGUUCAAGAUGGAUGCCUGCAGUCAGGAGGACCGGAAGAGAGACUUUGAGAAAAUAUUUGCUCACUAUGAUGUUAGUAAGACGGGAGAGUUGGAGGGACCCGAAGUGGACGGAUUUGUCAAAGACAUGAUGGAGCUGGUGAAGCCCAGCAUCAGCGGCACCGACCUGGAUAAGUUCAGGAAAGCUCUGAUGGGUCACUGUGACAUCAACGGAGACGGAAAGAUCCAGAAGAACGAGCUGGCUCUCUGCCUUGGACUCAAAAUCAGCUAACAGACCCAAAACAACAUUUUGUCUUUUUCUUUUUGUAUUUUAAUGUGCAUCUUUUACCUUUUUCCUCCCAAGUUCUCCCGUCCUAAAGUGUCUUACUGACUCUCAGUUUGGUGUUAUAAGGCCGAAGUAUUUACACAUUUUAUGCUCCUUGAUAUACUAAUAAUAGCACAGUACAUUUUCAUAAUUAUAUAUAUUUUUCUGUAUUAAAAUUCUAAGUAGAGGUUGAAAUAUUGUGCAUUAAAUGUGGUUUGAAUAACGAUUUAAAUAUAGCUUUGAGUCGAUUUGUUGUUGCUGUUUUCAUGAUUGCAUGGCAUGCUGCUUCUUUGUAAUGUGCUUAUGCAGUUUAUGAAACAGUGUUUGCAUGGCAUUAUUGUGAAACCAGUAACAUGGAUGAUGGCAAAUAAAAUCUAUUAAACCUU